GUGGGGAAAUAUCACUCUAGUGCCUGUGAAUAAUUUACGAACAGCGGGUUGCACCGGCUGCCCAGAUGCCCAAAUUGGGCUUCUUUCUCUUAAGCUAUAUGGCCUUUUUUAUCUCUUGAGAGAAGAUCCACUUACCGUAUGAGUGAAGCGAAAUCAAGCUUUUUAGAAUGGGUGUCGCUAACCCACCUGUUAGUACUGUAAAUAUGUUACAGGAACUCGUAUACACCAUCCUAGAUGUCUUUAAUGCCACCAGAGACUUAUACCAGACGUUAGAGACCAAGGAAAAGAGAGAUUAUCAACUUGUUCUCCAGUCCAAAGGCUAUCCCACUUCAAGAAGGAUCGAAUAUGUCGAAGAUGGAAGACUUGGUAGCGAUGAAGCCCUCGUAAUGGAUAAAGUAGCAGUCUCGCGACAGUUUGAGAAUGGCUACCAAGCCCUAGGUGCUCAGUUUGCUAUGGGUGAUGGUGAGUACUACUCUCUUACAAAACUCGCGAGAGGAGUGAAACCUGUGGGUCCUACCGCAUCGCCAUCUGGGUUGCCCUUGCUUGUAGAUGUUCACUUCUUUCCUUUCUUGGUUAUCACUGAAUUCCCGAGGAGCAAUCCAAAGCUAAAGAGCAAAUGGGUUGCUCCGCCAAGCCCUGCAGGUGUAUCUGGUUAUGCAAGUCUUGGUUCAACGAUCGCGCGCUAAUGGGAUCUCGGAUUAGUACUCGCGCAUACAGCCCUUCAAUCCCAGAUCAUUGCAUUACAGGGAAUCCUCGUAUCAACCUUCCUUUAUGGGCCCACAUCGUCCGAUCCCAUCUCCCAUCAACUGUCAAAUCUCAAUGCA